AUGGGCAAGCUCAAACAAGCAAAUCUCCUCAUGGAGGGCAGAAUUGCAGCAUUCCAAGAUUCCAAGCGACAGCGCAACCUCAAGAUCUGGAGUGUCCCUGAGGACAUCACAGAUACAGAAGUCCCUCAUUACAUCCGCCGCCUGCUGAGAAGCGUGCUAUCAUCGUUUAAGGCUAAAGCAAUCUCAAUGGAGAGUUACUUCUGGAUCCCAAAACCAGCUAAAGCCCCAGACUGGGUUCCCAGAGACUUGCUGAUAUGCUUCCAAUCGCUACGAAGUAAGAAGCUGGUACAGGCAGCAGUUCACGAAACACCAACUUAACACUUUGAAGAUUGCGACAUCUCCUUCUUUAACGACCUGACUAGGUCCACCAUGGUAUGGCGACAAUCUUUAUGUCCCAUUAAUCAGCACUUGCGGGACCACGCAGUGGCAUACCGCUGGGGACCCGCCCGCAAACUAACGGUGCUCUACGAUAGGAAGAGAAUCCAGAUACAGCAACAGUCGGAUGCAAGGAAGUUCUUCAAAGCACUCGGGCUGCCUACGCCAGAGACUUUACAGACACCCACCCCAGGCACAAACCCCCAACCCUCGGCCGAGACGUGGGACGUACGUAAUGUCCAAUCUUUUUACCCGAAAGCCAGACCAGCAGCAGUGGAGCUGAACUCGGCCGGCACCUGA